GCUGCCAUCAGCUGGUAAAAAGAUGAAAUAGCAGGGUCCACGAAACAAGGAAGUGACUGAAAGUGCAAGUGAACAGCAGUUAGAGCUCAUCGAGAACAAACUCUUAUUUUCACAUUAAUUCCAGAAAUUAUCUGCAGGAUAUUCACUGACUCUGAAAGGAGUAUAUCUGUAGACAAUCCUCACCCCAUGAAAACAGACGAAUAAAAUAAAGGUUAAAACACAAGAGGAAGCAAAUGGCUGAAUCUUCACAACCAACAAAAGGCAGAAAAAGGAAGAUCAUGAGUGAAACACAUACAUUGAGCAAGUCUGAGGUGACUCAGUCAGCAGUGGCAAGGAAAAACUCCCUAGAAUGGAAGGAAGAAACCUUGAGAGGAACCAGACUCAAAGGGGAACCCAUCCUCAUAUGGGUGACACAGUGGAGGGUGUGAUUAUAAAUAUACAGUCAAACAAAUGAUGUAUUGAUGUAAAAGACCACAUGGAGUUCACAUCUCCUCUUUAGUAUCGCAGAGUCUAACUGAAGCUGGUACAUCUCUAGAUGCCUCAGGAUUCUCACAGAGUCAGCCUCAUCUCAGUCUACAUCGCACGGAAGACAAUCGGAGCUGUUUCAUGUGACUCCAGCAGUCUCCUGUCUGAAGAUCAGCUGUUAUGUUCAAUCUGUCUGGAUGUUUUUGCUUAUCCAGUCACCACUCCAUGUGGACACAACUUCUGUAAGAGCUGCCUUACACAGUACUGGGACAAGAGUCAACACUGUCUCUGUCCAUUAUGUAAAGAGGAAUUCACCAAGAGACCUGAACUGAAGAUUAAUACAACACUGAGAGAGGUUGCAGAUCACUUCAAGAAGAAAAGUGGUUCUGACAAACUUGAGGUUCUUUGUGAUGCCUGCAGUGGAGAUAAGCUGAAGGCCCUGAAAUCCUGUCUGGAUUGUGGACUGACUUUCUGUAAAACACAUUUAGAGCCUCAUAAUCAUGUUUCCAAACUUAAGAAACACAAGCUUAUAACCCCUGUGGAGAACUUGGAGGACUACAUAUGCCAGAAACAUGACAGAGCUCUGGAGCUGUUCUGUAGAGAUGAUCAGACGUGUGUGUGUCAGUUCUGCACUGAAGGAGACCACAAGAAUCACAACACUGUUCCUAUAGAGGAGGAGAGCAGAGAGAGGAAGAUUCAGAUGGUGAAAACCAAAACAGAUGUGCAGCAGAUGAUUCAGGACCGACUGAAGAAGAUAAAAGAGAUCAAACACUCAGCAGAGCAAAGCAAAAGAAGCACAGAGAAAGAGAAAGCAGACAGUGUUGAAGUCUUCACUGCUCUGAUUCGCUCCAUUGAGAGAAGUCAGGCUGAGCUGCUGGAGGUGAUGGAGGAGAAGCAGAAAGCAGCAGAGACGCAGGCUGAAGGACUCAUUAAAGAGCUGGAGCAGGAAAUCAGUGUGUUAAAGAGGAGAGACACUGAGCUGGAGCAACUCUCACAAACUGAGGAGCAUCUCCACCUCCUACAGAUUUACUCCUCCAUGUGCAGCCCUCCACACACCAAGAACUGGACUGAGAUCAGUAUUAACACUGAUGUGAGUGGGGACACUGUGAGGACAGCUCUGUCUCAGCUUCAGCAGACUCUGAAUGAGAAACUCACUAAAUCACUCAAUGACAAGUUAAAGGAAAGAGUUUCCACAGAACUGAAGAGGAUUCAGCAGUAUGCAGUGGAUGUGACUCUGGAUCCUGAUACAGCAAAUCCAUAUCUCAUCCUGUCUGCUGAUGGAAAACAAGUGAGGCUUGGGGACAAACCACAGAAACUUCGUGAUUCACCACAGAGGUUUAAUAAGUGUCCCUGUGUUCUGGGAAAGCAGAGUUUCUCCUCAGGGAGAAUUUAUUAUGAGGUGCAGGUCAGAGGGAAGACUGACUGGGAUUUUGGGGUGGCCACAGAGAACAUUAACAGGAAGGGGAAAAUUACUCCGAGUCCUCUGUAUGGAUUGUGGGCUGUGGCCCUGAGGAAUGAGAUUCAGUAUAAGGCUUAUGCUGGUCCUGCUGUCCCGCUCAGACUGAAAAAGAAACUGGAGGUGGUGGGAGUGUUUGUGGAUUAUGAGGAGGGCCUGGUCUCCUUUUAUGAUGUGAAGUCCAGAUCUCAUAUCUACUCUUUCACUGGUCAGUCUUUCACUGAGAAACUCCAUCCAUACUUCAGUCCCGAAUUAAAUAAAGGAGGUAAAAAUUUAGCACCACUGAUAAUCUCUCCUGUAAUAAAGACAAGAUGCGUUUUCACCUCACAAAUGUAAUAACCUAUUAAGUGAUUAGAAUAAAAAUGACUUGUUUAAUUUUUCUUGUAAAUUUUAGAAAUCCAGGAUUUCUUUAAAAGGGCUGUACAGUUUAUCUUUAUACUUGUUUCAAAAUGUAAUCACCCUGUCUGUUUUUACACAUUAUGAUUGUGGAACUUACAUUUCGUUACAAAUCAA